AUGAGACGAAUUUCAACUGCUGUAGCGCUUCAGUGGUUUUCUUUAGGUCAUCCACUUUGUUCUUUUCAGACACGGUGGAAAAGUUGCUCACCAGCAGAGGAACUACAACGUCGUGUUGGACAGCUGGUUAGUAAGCGUAAUGUUGAUCAGGUGUCCCAUGAGAUUCGUGAUGCUUUGGGCAAAUCCAUUUUCUCCAUGAAGGCAUUUGCCAGUGCUUUAUUCCUCUGUGAGCAGACACAGAAUGAGGUUGUAGGGAUAGAACUAGUGCGGCAGGUACAGGCCUCUAACUUGGUAGAAUCGUGGGAUGAUGAGAGUGUUCUUUCGGUUGUUUUACGUCUGCAGUGCUCUGUGGGGGAUGCUGCUGCGGCCACACAGAUGUUUUCUUUUUUGGUUUCUAAGAAACUCCUGCGACUUCGAAGUACCUCUGUGUUUCUAGGCUUCUGGUGUAAACGUUUAGAUCGAUCCAUGGCCUUUGCUGUGUAUGCAGAGGCCCUUCGACAGGGAAUUGAGUUGCGUGCCCUGGACUAUGUGGAGCUCGGCCGGCUCUGCGUGGCCCUGCAGGAACCAAUCUCUACACUUCAUUACAUCCUGCGGGAAAUGCAGGAACAUGUCUUGUCUGUGCCGGCGGUGAUGUUGACGGAUGUACUCUCGCCGUGGGCACAGCGGGCUGGACUGCGGGUGGAGAGCGUAUCAUUUCCACACAGUGAUCCCACCCGCCCACCCGGCACCUGCAGUUGUUGCGGUGCUCUACUGAAGGGACACCGCUUCACCACCGCACAAAAGACAAGAUUACUUAAAGAUGUGGUGGAAGUGGCGUUGGUGGCACAACGAAAAAAAUCCGCCCGAGUUCGAAUUGGAUUUGAGGCCUGGAGACGAUUUGUGGCACUGCACGGUCAAAGAAUUGAUGUCUUGAUUGAUGGGGCUAAUUUGGGUUACUAUGGUUUGAGUAGCUGGUAUGCAGAUGCGAAGCGAGCACUGUUACUAAAACGUGGUAAAAGAGAAGAAGAUAUUAAACCGCAAGAUAUUGUAUGGUCUAAACAAGGUAGUGUAGAUGUUGGGGUAAACUUUCAUUUAAUAGAUCUCGCAGUACAAGAAGCACGACGUCGUGGAAUGCGACCAUUAAUUAUUCUACAUGAAAGACACUGUGAAACAAAGAAUAUGACAUCUUCUGAUGAGGUUCUAGCAGCACAAUGGCGUCGUGAUGGGAUUCUCUACUGUACACCAAGUGGCCUUAAUGAUGAUCUUUGUUGGUUGUACGCCGCAUUAGAGCUCACUACACCAACAGAUGCUGUUGCUGGUACAGUAGAGAAAACUGUGUGGGUACUCACUAAUGACUUGAUGCGUGAUCAUCACUUUAAACUUCUCAGUCCUCGUUUCUUUGCUCGAUGGCGAGAUCGUCAUCGUAUCGCAUUUAAAUGCUCUCGGAAAGAUAACUGUACACUUCUGCAUUGGGAGUUACCGGUUCCUUAUGCCCAAUGCAUUCAGGAAGUAGAACCUCUCAAAUGGCAUAUUCCAAUCGCAACAGAAAAAGAAGAGGGAGAAGAAGUAGAAGAAAAUAAAGAAGAAGAAGAAAAAAAAAAAGAUGCGGUGGAUGAAAACUCCAAUUUGCAGGAGAAUCAAGAGGGUAAUGAUAAUAAUGGCAUGGCCGUUGUGCCCUCUCAGGUUUCACAUACUUGGGCCUGUAUAGGCUAA